AUUUUUGAAACACUAAAUUAGAAUUCACAAUGCAAGAAUUGAAGAAAAAAUAAACAAGCCAAACACACGCACACAGGCCCAAACACGAAAAGGAAGAACUGCACACGUUGAAAAUCGACUAUUCGGGUUGAAAUGCUUAAAAUUUGUCUGAAUUUUUCAAUUUCAAAAUAAAAAAUGGGUAAACAUAAACAUAAAAGUAAAUCGAAAAAAUCAAAAAAACAUAGCAAAAAAUCUUCAGAUUCUGAUUCUGAUGAUGCUCAAAUUGUUUGGACCGAAGCAGGAUGUGAUGGUGAUGACGAUCAAGUCAGCUCCAAUCCAAAAUAUUCACCGAAAACCACUAAAGAAUCUGCCAAUGAUCAAAGCGAAGAUUUAUUUGAUUUUAUAUCGAAAACUUCGAAAAAUAAUUCAACAAAACAGCAAACUGCAGCGGAUAAAUACAAAGAAGAAAUUGUAAACAAAGAGCAACAAAUUCGAUAUUCACGUGAAUUGAAUAGCUAUUUUCGUGAUGAUAUUAACAAACGAUUUAUUGAUGAUCCUGAAGAAUUGCAACGGAGAAUUCACAAAGCUCAAGAUGAAAACAACGAAAAAGAAGAAUCCGAAGAAGAUGAACAAUGUGUUAGUGAUGCUGAAUUGAAUUCAUUGAAUGCAAAAAUGUUAAAAGCAGAAAUGCUUGGCAAUAGUGAAUUGGCCAAUGAAUUGAGAACAAAAAUUGAUCAAUUGAAACGUAGAAAAUCCACUACACAGGUAAAAUAUGUAAAUAAAACCGUUCAAGAAAAGGAUAGAAAAACUGAAGAUUCAAUGACGGUAAAAGAAUUAUAUCUAAAAACAAAAACAAUUACCGCACGUGAAGAAGCAAUGCGUUUUGUUGCAACAACAUCGAAAAUACGUUCUGCCGAUGAUGAAUAUGAAGGAAAUGUUGGCAAGAAUAAGAAAAAAGCUAAAUUUGAUUUUACUGGUUUUGAUCGAAUUCGUUUUACAACUGGAAGUUCAAAUAAUGAUAAUGAUCGUAAAUGUGAUUGGUGUUUGGAAAAUAAAAUGAUUCGUCAUUUAGUGUUGAAAUUCCAUGAACAAUCAUCACAACAUUGUUAUGUUACAUUAACACCAUACCGACCAUUGAUCGAUAAUGUUUGUAUGAUUGUUUCGAAAAAUCAUUCAGCAAAAUAUAGUUUAGAUGCUGAACAAGAAUGUUGGAUUGAAAUACGACAAAUAAUGCGAAAAUUAUCCAAAUUUUUUGAUCAUUAUUAUAAAUGUUCAAUCGUAUUUAUGGAAACUGUAUUUAUAAAUAAAAAACGAAAUCAAAAUCUAUCAAAUAAUCAUUUUGUCAUUGAAUGUUAUCCGAUUAAAAAACGUUUCGAAACAGAUGCUAAAAUAUAUUUUCAUAAAGCAAUAUUGGAUUGUGAACAAGAAUGGUCGAUCAAUAAAAAAUUGAUAAAAUUAGAAAAUAAUCCAAUAACGAAAAAAUUACCAAAAGGUUUAUCAUAUUUUUGGGUUAGCAUUGGGCCGAAUUUUGAUGGUUAUGGUCAUGUUAUUGAAGAUGAAGAUUAUUUUGAUAAAAAUUUUGGAAAGGAUGUAAUAAUCGGAAUGUACGAUAUUCAUCGAUCCCGAUCUAAAAAUGAAAAUUUCGAUAAUCAAAUGGAUAGAAUAAAAGAAUUGAAAACAAAAUGGAACGAUUUUAUCAUCGAAUAAUCUUUUUAUUUUAUUUGAAAAAAAAUAUU